CUCUGCGCUUGUUCUAUGCCAUUCUCCUCUGGGGCCAUCCUGUUUUUUUUUUUCUUGAAAGCUCACAAAUAAUUUCGGGCGCAAGGUAGCUAUGGCGGUUCGCACGCAAAACAACUUGUGCCUAUAAAAUUUCAGUUGUGUGGGAUAUUGAAAUGCCUGCAAACGAUUCGGAAGCACGAGUAUCUCCCCAAAAGCACGCUUGGCUAGUACCUUAACGCAAGAUAUGGCGCAUGUGACGCUUGGCUAUCUUCAUAAAUCUAUGCACAUUUUCUUAUUUCAUCGCCGAGUCACUCAUCAAAUAGCUGCUGGAUGGGUUUGGAUUACCAUUCCUCAAAUGUCAACCGCGAAGUCAAAACACUAACAGCCGCCGAGCCACAAUCCAUACCAAUCCAUAUAUCCCAGGCGCUUGUAUCCCCAUAAGCGCCCUCACAAACAACUACAUACACAAUCCGUAACUCUACAACACCAACACGCGCGGUUAACAAACCGUAGCGUUUCAGUCUAAAUCCGACUAUGAGUAAACCAUCAACUAUAAAGAUGAGCUCUUGAUGCGAUGGACUUGAGAUGACAGACCCAUUCGCAUAUUUUCUAUCCUCAACACUGCAUACAAUCGACUUUCUGUUUCUUCUCAUUACAUCUUCAAGUUCCACUUUUUUCCAACUGAAAACAUUACAUCUUCUCAUUCAUUCAAAAUGGUUCAAACUCUUCGUCGUGAGGACUACACCGUAGGCUGGAUCUGCGCCCUCGCUGUCGAACUCGCUGCGGCGCAGGAAAUGCUCGACGAGCAACACCAACGACCCCAAACCGACUCCACCGACACAAACUCAUACAAGUGCGGUAGAAUCGGCACCCACAAUGUCGUCAUCGCCUGCCUACCUGGCGGCACUAUCGCGCCCAACUCGUCCACCGAAGUUGCGGUCCGCAUGAAAUACAGCUUCCCCAACAUCCGCUUCGGCUUCCUUGUCGGCAUCGGCGGCGGCGUUCCCACCCAAGAAGAUAUCCGUCUGGGUGAUGUAGUUGUCAGCAAGCCACUGUCCUCGCACGGUGGCGUCGUGCAGUUCGAACACGGACGGACCACGAAGACGAUUGCGCAUCUUGGAAAUCCUCCUACCAUUCUCCUCAGCGCGCUUUCGAACAUGCGCGCGAACCACAUGCGAGGAAAAAAUAACCUCAUAGGAAGCGUCCUCAAACUCCAACGGAUCCAAGCUUUUUCUAGAGCAGCUGCUGGACCCGAUGUUCUUUUCAAACCAGAUUACAAACACGAGGGUGGUCAGGGCUGUACUGGGUGUAGCAAGAACGCGGUUGUUCAGAGAAAAUCGCGCCAGCAGGAUGUGAUGGUUCAUUAUGGGACUAUUGCUUCUAGUAAUCGUCCUGUUCGGGAUUCGGCUGAUAGGAAUAAGAUCAGUGCGGAUCUGGGCGGGGUGCUUUGUUUUGAGUCAGAGUCUGCUGGCGUGUUGAAUUAUUUUCCUUGCUUGGUUAUCAGAGGGAUUUGCGAUUAUGCGGAUUCGCAUGCGAAUGGGCAGUGGCGGGCGUACGCGGCGGCAACAUCUGCUGCUUGUGCGAAGGAGGUGCUUUCGGUGAUUUAG